UCUCAUCGAUGUCAAAGUUAAUGGAACUGUCAUUUUUGUGUGUUGAAAAAUAAGUUUGUGUCGACAAAUAUCUACAAUCAUCCGUUAAGUUACAAUUAAUAGUAACGUGUUUUCAUAUAAUUCGUGAAAAAUGACGAUUCAAGCAUCAAUGGGUGAUGGAAAUAAAGCGCGAGGUGUGGUUUACAAAGACAAAAGUAAGCCGAGCGAUGUCCGUCUCAGCAAUAUCAAUGCCGCAAAAGCUGUAUGCGAUGCCAUUCGUACGAGUUUGGGGCCAAGAGGCAUGGAUAAAAUGAUUCAGGCGAGCAAUGGUGAAGUCACCAUCACCAACGAUGGGGCUACGAUUUUGAAACAAAUGAAUGUCAUACAUCCAGCUGCAAAAAUGUUAGUUGAGCUGUCACGUGCUCAGGAUGUUGAAGCUGGCGAUGGUACCACUACUGUUGUUGUAGUAGCGGGGGCUUUACUCGAUGCUGCUGAAAAAUUAUUAACACGGGGGAUUCACCCAACUGCAAUUUCUGAAUCAUUUCAACGAGCCGCCAAACACGCCGUCGAUGUUUUAACAAGCAUUUCUAAGCCGAUUCAAUUAGAUAAUCGCGAACAAAUGGUUAAAAGUGCGUCAACAUCAUUGAAUUCAAAGGUUGUUUCACAACAAUCAAGUCUGUUGGCUCCUUUGGCUGUUGAUGCGGUUUUAAAGGUCGUAGAACCAGGGCGUGAACAAGUCGUUUCUUUGUCAGAUAUUAAAGUCAUUAAGCAAAUUGGGGGCACUGUUGAAGAUACCGAAUUAAUAGAUGGUGUUGUUUUUCCUCAAAAAGUUGCAAAUGUCAAUGGCCCGAAACGUAUAGAGAAAGCCAAAAUUGGAUUUAUUCAGUUUUGUAUUUCUGCACCUAAAACCGAUAUGGAUCAUAAUGUUGUUGUUUCUGAUUAUGCUGCUAUGGAUAGAGUUCUUAAGGAAGAGAGGACUUAUAUUUUGAAUAUUGUCAAGCAGAUCAAGAAGGCUGGAUGUAAUGUCCUUUUGAUCCAGAAAUCAAUUCUUCGCGAUGCCGUCUCUGAUCUCGCUCUUCAUUUUCUCGAUAAAAUCAAAUGUAUGGUCGUCAAAGACAUUGAACGUGAAGACGUUGAAUUUGUGUGUAAAUCACUCGGUUGUCGUCCUAUCGCAUCUCUCGAUCACUUUACCGCCGAAAAUCUCGUUUCAGCCGAUUUGGUUGAAGAGAUCGGUGUUGGCGGCAAUCGUAUGGUGAAGAUUACCGGUGCUCAAAAUGCCGGUAAAACAGUGACACUUUUGGUUCGAGGCUCGAAUAAAUUAGUCCUUGAAGAGGCGGAAAGAUCUUUACAUGAUGCAUUGUGUGUGAUUCGUUGUUUGGUACGAAAAGGAGCAAUUGUAGCAGGUGGUGGUGCACCUGAGAUUGAAUUGGCCUUGAAACUGGCUGCUUUGGCUGAUACAAAAGAGGGUAUUGAUGCGAUCUGUUUGAGAGCUUUUGCAAAUGCUUUGGAGAUUAUUCCGUUUACGUUGGCCGAAAAUGCUGGUUUGAAUCCAAUUCAAACGGUGACAGAAUUGAGGAAUAGACAUGCGAAAGGAGAAAUUUCAGCAGGGAUUAAUGUGAGAAAGGGCUCGAUUUCGGAUAUUUUAGAGGAGAAUGUGGUACAACCGUUGUUGGUCAGCGUCAGUGCGAUAACGUUUGCUACCGAAACGGUCCGAUCAAUUUUGAAAAUUGAUGAUAUUGUGAACACGAUGACAUAGAUCUUUUCUAAAUUGCUUCAUUUAAUUUUUUUGUUAAGUACGAUCAUUUGUAACAAAAUUAGUAUUAUUACAAAAAUAACAAUAUUGUGGAUUCGUUUAAGCAUUGUUUUAUUUAGAUAAGAAUAAACAAAUGGUUAAAGUUUUUUUUCCUAUAAUAAAAUAUCUACAGUAACAAUAAA